AGCUUGUGUCCCGCCAGCUUGUGGACAUGUCUGUGGGAAAGGUGACAAAAGUCGAAGAGGAUUUUCAAAGGGUCCUGAGAUUUAAGAAGAUGGCUGACAGGUGGCGAAACUCGCACGCUCGCUGUCUGUGGCAGACGACACUCAGCCAGAGGAGAAACCUGAAUGCUACCGUGAGGUUGCAGGACACCCUGGGACAGGAGUUGGCGCUGGCCAACAAGCAACUCCUGAUGGCCCGUCGGGCGGCCCUGCGCGCGCUGCUGGAAGCGGAGCAGCGCCGGUGGCAGCGGGAGCUCGGCGAGGGCGGCAGAGCGCGCUUCGUGGAGAGACUCUGAGCGCAUCGGGAGCUGCUCGGAGCGGCGCGCGCGCGGACAGACGCUCGUCCCUCGGUCCCGAGUCUCCGUUUCUCUGAACUGUGUUAAUUCGUGGCCAUAAAUACGAA